GCGAGGGGGAGCGGCGCGGGAGCCUAUGCAUGGCCGGGCGGCAGCGCCAAGGGUGAAUCCGGGACCUGGGGUGCCCCUGCGCACUGACAUGGCUGCGGGCAUCAUCCGGCCCCUGGCAGAGCUGCGGCUGCCCUCGCCCUUCCCGCACAGCCUGCUGCUGCCCACACGCCCCGAGCCCGACUUCCCUGACCUCUCCGAGGAGGAGGAAGAGGAGGAAGAGGAAGAAGAGGAAGAGGAGGUGGCAGAGGAGAGUGUGAGGCCAGAGCUGGCCAUCCCCAGCGCCGCUGAGACCACCCUGCGGCUCCUCAAGUUUUCGGAGCUCAUCAGCUGUGACAUCCAGCGCUACUUCGGGCGGCGGGGCCAGGAGGAGGCCACCGGCAGCCACGGCGUGCCCGAGGACUGCGGCUCGCCCCGGCGUGCCGAGGGCCAGCCCGAGGCCGUGGCACUGCGGGGCGGCCCCGGGGCCACACACAGGCUAGGGCCACUGGCCGAGCUCUUCGAGUAUGGCGUGCACCGUUGCCUGCCACCCCGGGCAGCCGGCGGCAAGACGCAGCGGCUGGAGAGGAAAUAUGGCCACAUCACCCCCAUGCACCGGAGGAAGCUGCCACCCUCCUUCUGGAGGGAGCCAGGGCCCGGCCCCGUUGGCCUCCUCCACACCGGUACCCCCGACUUCAGCGACCUCCUGGCCAACUGGACGGUGGAGCCAGGGCCGGAGCUGCCGGGCACCGGGCGGGAGCUGCCCCCCGAGCCGGGCCACCCAGGGCUGGAGGCCGAGCCCUUUGCCGGGCUGUGACCCCACCAUGGCCCUGGGGGCCCCCCGGCACCGCCACGUGCCGUCCGGUUAAUGAUAAACCCGGUGGCCCCGGUGCCAGCGCUGGC